AUGCACCAAUGUGUCAGUAAUUUGUACCAACGGGUAAACUCUGGGUGUGCCGACCUUGCACUACGUCUCUUUGUUCUUUGUGGACAAGUGGCAGAUGAAACUGGAUUUGAAGAAGUUAGCUAUGAAUUUUUCGCACAGGCGUUCACAGUCUACGAAGAUUCGAUUAGCGAUUCGAGAGCGCAGUUCCAAGCUGUUUGUAUCAUUUCGAGCGCACUGCAUGGGUCCAGGAAUUUUGGAAGAGAAAAUUACGAUACUCUCAUCACCAAGGCUGCUCUUCAUGGUAGCAAGCUUCUUAAGAAGCCAGACCAGUGCCGUGCCGUUUACUUGGCAAGCCAUCUCUGGUGGGUUGUUGAAAGCCCGCAAAAAGAGGGAGACGAGCCCAAUAUCGUUUAUCGUGAUGGUAAACGUGUUCUUGAAUGUCUUCAACGAGCACUGCGUGUCGCGGAUGCUUGCAUGGACACGGCUGUAUCAGUUGAACUUUUCAUUGAGAUACUCAACCGUUACGUUUACUAUUUCGACCAGCAAAACGAAACAGUGACGACGAAAUACCUCAAUGGCCUUAUAGAACUUAUAUAUUCUAAUCUUCAGUCGAACCAGACCGAGGGGGCGCCGAGUUCGGGUCUGGAGAACCCUAGACGCCAUUUUGAAAGAACUUUGGAUUAUAUCAAAUCUAGGGGGUGGGAAGGAGUUGUGACAGGACCACCGCGACAGUAA